AUGGACAGCCAGGUCUUGAUUAUCGGUGCCGGGCCGGUUGGCCUCACGAUGGCGAUCGAGCUCGGCAGACGGAACAUAAGCGUGCUGCUCGUCGACAAGCGAUCAGGAUUCGGCAAGCUACCCAAGAUGGAGCGCUGCAACGCGCGGACAAUGGAGAACUUCCGCCGCAUGGGCAUAUCCGCCCCGAUUCGCGCUGCCGGCCUCGACAAUGACAUGCCCAUGGACGUCUUCAUCUGCCUGGAGAACCUCGCCAACCCACCACUCGUACACCAUACCUACGCAUCGGUGAGCGCCCUAUGCGCUGAGUACCAUGCGACCACCGAUGGCUCGACAGCAGCGGAGCCAUAUCAGCUCAUCUCGCAGUACACGCUCGAGCCUCUCCUGCGCGACCUUGCCAAACGCUACGACAGCGUCCAGAUCAUCUUUGGCCACGAGCUCGUUGACUUCACUCAGGACGACACGGGCGUCACCGCUCGACUGCGCCUUCCCGACGGCACUGUCACCGAAGCUCGCACAGACUAUCUCGUUGGCUGCGACGGUGCCUCGAGCACUGUUCGUGAACGACUCGGCUUUGUGCUUGAAGGCGAAUCGCUGCUCAAGAUGCGGCAAGCACUGUUCUACUCCGAGGACCUUCUUGAGCGUAUCCCGAUGGGAGUCGGUCGACACUAUCAUAUCGCUGACGACACGAACUCGUUCCUGAUCGUGCAGGAUGACAAGAAACACUUCUCGCUGCAUGCCACUGUAGACAGUGACGAGAAGAUGGCACCGCUGUUUGAGCGGAUUGUCGGCUUCCCGAUCAAGUACGAGCAGCUGUACGUUGGCGGGUGGCAGCAACGUCUCAUGCUGGCCGAUCAAUACCGUGACCGCCGCGUAUUCCUUGCUGGCGAUUCAGCUCACCUCGUUAUCCCGACAGGUGGGCUCGGUAUGAACACCGGACACGGCGAUGCCGUUGAUCUGUCUUGGAAGCUGGCGGCAGUCCUGCGUGGUUGGGGUGGGCCUGCACUGCUGGACUCCUACGCGGCGGAGCGGCGGCCCAUCGGUGCCCGUAACAUUGCGGCCUCAAGGCGAGCGGCCAAAGGUCGGCGCGCAUGGCGCCAGCAAUGGCGCCCGGAGAUCGCCGAAGACAGCCCUGCGGGCGAGGCUGUAAGGAGCCAAGUCAUCACGGUGGCUGAGCGGGAGCAGCGCUGGAGCAAUGAUCUGUAUGGUAUCGAGCUCGGGUAUCAAUAUACCAACUCGCCGAUCCUCAUGGAGGAUGGCGAAGAAAGCAACAUGACCGACGUUGAAUCGGGAUUCAUAUACCGACCAAUUGUCCAGGUCGGCUAUCGCCUACCGAACACCUGGAUGAGCGAUGGCAGAUCUAUCCAAGAUGUCAUUGGUGAUGAGUACGUGCUCAUUGUGAACCAAAACGAACCCCCGCACCUAGACUUGUUGGAAAAGGAGUUCCGGCGUAUCGGUGCCUCGUUGCGAGUCGUUCGGCCGGACACCACAGAAGCCAUUGCCGUCUACGGCAACGACUUGCUCCUGGUCCGACCCGAUCUGCAUAUAGCUUGGCGAGCUGCCAAGCUGCCUGAGGACCCUGCUCACCUUGUGGCGACUCUUACCGGCAAUUAA